AUGUCUUUUGUGAGUGCUUCAGAAAAUGUGGGUUUCAGUGGUAUUCCACAAAAUAUAUCAGAUGCGAGCUGUGCCACACAGUAUAAAAUGGCAGUCGAAGGUGUUUCAUCAGGAAGCUGUAGUGAAGUAAACAUGUUUCUACAUGAGAACUCAGGGGACGAACAGGCAUAUAUACAUCUCAAUGACAAUUUUUACUCCAAAUUUAAAAUUGAUCCCAACGAAUUAUAUACAUUUCAUGACUCAGAUGUCAUAGCGAGUGAGAUAACAGUGAGUCAUACAGAAGACAAUUUUAUGUUUUCUGAUGGUGUUGAUGUAAAAAGUAAACUAUUAGACAGUCCAAAUAAAGAGUUAGAUCUCAUUAGUGCAUUCACAAAUGGUGAAAUUAAGGAGGAAAUAAAAAAUGAGGUGGUCUCAAAUGGUCAUUACACAUCAGUUUCAAAACCACCUGUGGACAACAAAGAAACAAAGACUACUCAUACCAAAGCUCUGAAGGUAAAGAAUCAAAUGAAUACAAAAGAUACCACUAGUACGGAAUCAUUCAGUGAAGCCCGAAGACUUAGUGUGAACAAGCCCAAAACAAAGCAGUGUGGGGUGGAAACAUUUUUAGAUGUUUUUAAAAGAGAGCAAGGCUUGGUUGAGAAUGCUACUGUUGUUGUUAAAACUGAACCACCAGGACUCACAACUAAAUUACCCAUAUCUCCCCCGAAGAAAACCUCUGCUGGCAAAACUCCGUCGUCAUCGAAGUCUCGUCGCGGUCGCGGACCGGCUGUGCACGAAGCUUUACAACGGAUACCCGCAGCGAAGCGUGCUAUACCAAUACCUAAUACAACGUGGCAUGCGCCCGGAGACAGUUUAUUCCAAUGCGGACCACUCGACGAUAGAACCGUUGCCUUUAGACAACUGGAGAGUAGCAGCAGUGAUGAUGAUAAUAUGCCUGAUUUAGAAGCUGGUUGUGGUGCGGCAUGUGUAGAAGAGAGCGCAGCGGAAUCGCGUGGCGUUCGUCUUGCUUUACGCCGAGCUGCAUUGCGUCGACAUGUGGCGCGUGCUCACCAUGCCUUACGACUGUCAACAAACCACCGAGAUUAUCGAUCACUCGCCUCGCUGCUUAAGAAACAAGUAACUGCCGCCGGUCCUUCGUGUCGUCUUCCCACACAGACUGUAAAUCAUCUACUCGCCAUGAGGGGCAUGCCUUCUGUUUUGUCGUCACUCGAGCGGAGGAGACUCAGAGUACACGGUUGGUCGGGCGGCGAAUCAGGUCGCGGGGAUGAGGCUACAGCGGGGUCCAACAGCGUGGAGGUAGAGUGUGCGGAGGAGCGCUGUGACCGCGCUGCCCUGCCGUGCGCGCGCUACUGCCUCUCGCACGUGACGCUGGCGCCCGACCAGCGGCUGUAUGCGGCCUGCGCUGCAGUGUUCGCGGGCGGCGCCAGGUGCCGGCACCCCUUGCUGCCGCUGCACGACCAGACCCCCUUGUGUGCUGAACAUGCUUGGAAGCGGGAUAACUACGACAAGCUGUCGCGCGACUGCCGGCCCAAGAAGGGCGCGGUGCGCGCGCGCGCGAGCCCGGCGCCCCGACGCGCGCCGCGCCGCGCCCCGCGCCGGCGCCGCCCGCCCGCGCGCCUGCGCACGCCGCCCGACGCGCCCAGCGCUGAACACUCCCUCUCAGAACUGAACGUGUGUUCGAAUUCCUCGACGUACGACAGUUCGGAAGACACGGCGAUGGGAGGGCUCAGUGAGACUGAGUACGUCACUGUUGGGAAUGACUCGCACGAAUUAGAAGUGGAAGUGGGGCAUGUGCCACCCGACGACAUAUUGGAUCCUGCGGUUCUCAGUCAAAUACCAGAUGAGGCAUUUACGGAGUUUUUCAAUCAAGCGGAAGGUGGCGCCGCGUUCGCGGAGAGCUCGGAGCUGGCGGCGGCGCUGGAGGCCGUGCUGGACGAGCGCGGGCUGGACGACAGAGUGCUCGACGAGAGGCUCGACUCCAUCGACUCUGUGUUUACGCACUCUUCACAAAUUUCCAAAAAUAAGAUGCAAGUCCCUUCUUCAAUGCCUAUGGAGAUGUCGUCGCGAGUGCCCUCAUAA